GGGCUCUAUGGGAUGCUAUUGGGUUUUUUGGGGCUCUGUGGGAUCCUAUGGGGUUUUAUGGGGCUCUAUGAGAUCCUAUUGGGUUUUUUGGGGCUCUGUGGGAUCCUAUGGGGUUUUAUGGGGCUCUGUAGGAUCCUAUGGGGUUUCUAUGGGGCUCUAUGGGAUCCUAUGGGGUUUUAUGGGCUCUAUAGGAUCCUAUGGAGUUUUAUGUGGCUCUAUGGGAUGCUAUGAGGUUUUUAUAGGGCCGGGGAGAUUCUAUGGGGUUCUCUGGGCUUUAUGGGGUUCUGUGGGGUUUUGGGGGGGCCGUAACCCUUCCCCUAAACCCCCCCCGCCCCACAGGUGCUGUUUUUGGGGCCGCUGAUGCAGCUGUGCAUGGACUGCCCAUGGCGAUGCAUGGAGGGGCUGCGGGGGCUGCUGGCCCCGCGCCGGGCGCUGCCGUGGCUGCGCGACGUGCGCUGGCUGCGGAACCACGUGGUGGCGCCGCUGUCGGAGGAGCUCGUGUUCCGCGCCUGCAUGCUGCCCGUCCUGCUGCCCUGCGCCGGGCCGCGAUACGCCGUGCUGGCCUGCCCGCUCUUCUUCGGCCUGGGUGCUCAUGGGAAACGGCCUAUUAUGGGAUGGGCGGGGGGAAUUAUGGGAUGGGUUGGGGGUUAUUAUGGGAUGGAUUUUGGGGUUAUGUGGGGUCAU